UCUGUUGACGAUUUUUGUGGCACCGCUAGAAACACGUGUGCUUUUACUGUUGUAUGUAUUAAAUUGCUAUGAGAAAAUGUUUCGUAGAUUUUAAUAUUUAACAUAAAGAUAUGAAAGUUAAAGUAAUCUCUCGUAAUCCCGAUGAUUAUAUUCGAGAAACAAAAAAAGAUAUUCAUAAAGUUCAAAGAAAUUUUGAUCCUUCUUUACAUCCAUUUGCAACACCAAGAGAAUAUGUCAGAGCACUUAAUGCAGUAAAAAUAGAAAAAAUAUUUGCUAAACCAUUUCUAGGAUCUUUAGAUGGUCACAGAGAUGGAAUACAAUGUUUAGCAAAAAAUCCUUUAUCAUUAUCCUCGUUGAUUUCUGGAUCUUGUGAUGGAGAGGUAGUAUCUGAUGAUAAAACAGUUAAGAUUUGGAAUGGUUCUUCUGAUAUUGAUGCUCCUUUACACACUAUUAUUGGAAAAAGAAUAAUGACAGGAAUUGAUCAUCAUAGAAAAAAUAAUCAGUUUGCUACAUGUGGUGAAACUGUAGAUCUCUGGGAAGAAACAAGAUCAGAACCACUUAGAUCUUAUACAUGGGGUGUAGAUACUUUAAAUUGUGUGAAAUUUAAUCCUAUAGAGACAAAUCUUUUAGGAAGUACUUGCAGUGAUAGAAGCAUUAUUUUAUAUGAUAUUAGAGAAGUUGCUCCUGUGAGAAAAGUAACAUUAGAAAUGCGUAGUAACACAAUUUGUUGGAAUCCUAUGGAAUCAUUUGUGUUUACAGUGGCCAAUGAAGAUCAUAAUCUUUAUUCUUUUGAUUUACGCAAGCUAUCAAGAGCUUCUCAAAUUCAUAUGGAUCAUAUAUCAGCAGUUCUGGAUGUUGAUUAUUCUCCUACUGGAAAAGAAUUUGUAAGUGGAAGUUAUGACAAAACAAUAAGAAUUUUUCCUUUGACACAUGGAAGAAGCAGAGAAAUUUAUCAUACCAAACGAAUGCAAAGAUUAACAUGUGUUUUAUGGUCAAUGGAUAACAAAUAUAUUUUGAGUGGUUCAGAUGAAAUGAACAUCAGAAUUUGGAAAUCAAAUGCUUCUGAACAGUUGGGUGUUCUUUCAUAUAGAGAAAGAUCUGCAGCAAAUUACAAUAAAAAAUUAAAGGAAAAGUUUGGUCAACAUUCUCAAAUCAAACGUAUUUCUCGACAUCGCCAUAUACCAAAACAUGUUUAUAAUGCUUGUAAAGAAAAACAAGUUAUGUUAAAUUCACGUAAGAGAAAAGAAAUUUAUCAUACCAAACGAAUGCAAAGAUUAACAUGUGUUUUAUGGUCAAUGGAUAACAAAUAUAUUUUGAGUGGUUCAGAUGAAAUGAACAUCAGAAUUUGGAAAUCAAAUGCUUCUGAACAGUUGGGUGUUCUUUCAUAUAGAGAAAGAUCUGCAGCAAAUUACAAUAAAAAAUUAAAGGAAAAGUUUGGUCAACAUUCUCAAAUCAAACGUAUUUCUCGACAUCGCCAUAUACCAAAACAUGUUUAUAAUGCUUGUAAAGAAAAACAAGUUAUGUUAAAUUCACGUAAGAGAAAAGAAGCAAACAGAAGACUUCAUAGUAAACCAGGAACUGUACCAUAUGUUUCAGAGAAAGAAAAACAUAUUGUUAAUGAAAGUGAAUAAAAUUACAUACUUAUGUAUAUAUAAUUAAUUUAGUUUAAUCAUUUUUAUAAAUUAUUUAAAUAAGUAUUGAUUCAGAAAACUAAACAUUUAAAAUUGUAAAUACCAAAAUAUUUAGUCCAACUUUUAAGUAAUUAUUAUUAAAAUAGUAUAAUUAAUCCAAUUAAUUUGAAACUGGGCAACAGAUUUAAAGAAAAU